AUGGUUUUGGAUUUUUUAAAAGGGGAAAAAGUUAAAUAUGAUAAAUUACCAGAGCCAAAUGAAGUUGGUGAUUUGAUGAAAAAUAUUAAAAAACUUGCUGAUUCUGAUGAUAAUAUUAUCAGAGAAGCAGCAAGAAAGUUUGGUGUUUGUAUUCCAACGGAGUUUUGUAGAGUGUUAUUAUUCACAUCUCUAUCAAAGAAAUCAGUUUUAAAACAUUUUGUUAACAAAAUCCAAAGACUUGUUGAAUUAUUUGUUACAUUUUUCAAAUUGGUUUCAAAGUUUAAUAGAGAUGCAACUGAAAUUUCUCUUGAUACUCACUAUGAAAAUGCAAAUUUAGAGAUUAAAUCUAAUCUUAAUGAUUUGGAGAAUAUUCAUAGUCAAUUGAUUGUAUUAGCCAAUGAAAUAAUUGGUGAAAUUGAUGAAUGUAUCAAUGAAUGUAAAAGAGAAGUUGGCUCUAAAAAUCAUUUUAGAGAACCAAUUUUACUAAAAUCAAUGACUGAUAGUAGUGCCUGUAAUACACCACUCUUAAAAAGCAAAAAUCAAUUCUCAAAUGAACAUAUUAAAAGUCUAACGCAAUGUAUAUUACAAAGCAAAUCAAAUCAAGUUCCAAAUAUUCAAAAACUUAUUGAUAAAAACAACUUAAAGAAAAUACUUUUAAAUUCUGGUGGUAUCUUUUUUUUGGUAAUGGGUUGUGCAACUGUUGUAGUUGGUGCUGUACUCGCUCCAUUCACUGCCGGAAUUUCAUUAUUCACUGCAUUGGUAUCAAUUUUCAUGAUUGCUGGUGGCGCACUUUCAUUGGUUGGUGGAGUUGCUGCCGAAGUACUUGGUAAUAAAUUCUUUAUUGAAAAGGAUCUUGACCUUCUUAACUCUUUGCAAACUUUGAAAGAAAUCAAAUCGGAUGUUGAAGAAAUACUCAAAGCUUUUUCAAACAAUUCACAAUUAGCUGACCAAUUAUCUAAAAAUUUUCUACAUUUUAAAAUGGGUGAAUAUGGAUCAUUGGGUAUACUUUGUGGUAUUUGUAAUAACGUUUUAAAGGAUCCUUUAUUUUUUGAUGACGAAGUAAAUUCAACUAAAAACUUCUGUAAGGAUUGUAUAACACAAUAUUAUAAAUCUCAACAAAAAUUGGCUGGUAGUAAUAAUGAUGAUGAUUUUUUCAAUUUACCAAAUUCAAAUUAUCAAACUUUUAAUUUAAAAAAUUUACAACCUGCAUGUGGUUCUUUAAAAAGUUUAAUUAGAAAUUCUGAAGAGAGAUAUGAUGAAUGGCAAAGAAAAUUAUUAUCAAUGAUUGGUAAUAAUACAAUUUAUCAUUUGUAA